ACCGAUACAAGGACGCGAUAAUGACGAUUGUGAUUGACGCCCUAGACGAAUGCAACGAGGCCCUAAGAGGGCUGAGCAUUGUGGUGAAAAGAUUCGGUGUGAGCAUCCCAAAUGUCAAGACCUCAAACAAGAGCCAUUUACCAUUACACCACCGAUCGCAUGCAGUCCGAUCAUGUGCAAGAUGCCGGCCCCCGGAAACGCAAAGACCCCCCUCCACAUACCCACGCCCGCUCGAUAUCCGACCGCCAGAUCACGAUGCUCCCCGAGAGCCUGAGGACGAAAGUACC